AUGGCCAAACCAAAAACUUCCAAACCAUCGACCAAGACGCUUGGCGAGCUUCGGUCCGCGGCCACAACCACAUACACCAACUACGUGAAGUCGUUGACUCCAAGAACCAAGUUAAUCGACACAUUUUUGGCGUUUUUGGUGACACUUGGAGCUCUCCAGUUUGUCUACGUGUUGCUCAUUGGAAACUUCCCCUUCAACGCCUUUUUGGGCGGCUUCAUCAGUUGUGUGGGUCAAUUCGUUUUGACGGUCAACUUACGCUUGCAGUACAACGAACAAAACUUUCUGUUGUUUAAAUCCACGCCUGAACGGUCCUUUGGCGAUUUUAUUUUCGCCAGUUUGAUCUUACACUUUAUAGUAUAUCACUUUAUCAAUUAA